UGUAAAAGAUCCGACUCAAAAGAACGAUUCGUUAACGAUAGUUUGUUGUAGGGACGCUGUGAAGAAGCAGAACCAUCGGAAGCGCUUUGCAUAUGACAAUAAAAAUGUCGUCACGUAUCUGAGAUGGUGUUUUGGUGCGGUUUUUAAUAUUUUUCUCCCUUAGAAUGAUUGUCAAUUACAGUAGUAGCAGUUCUGAAGAUGAAACUGAAAACUCUUCAAAAAAUGACUCCUCACCUUCAAGGAAAAGAGGAAAACUUGACAAUGAAAGCAGCACCAGUGAACCUUUGGAUCAUGGAUCUGUUAAAAGCAAAGCAGGCAAAUCAGCCCACUUGACACCUCGCCUGCCUCUUCCUGAGAUGUUCAGAGAAUCAGAACAGUGGACCGAUAAAAGUGAUGAACAUGGAGGGCGACUGCGGUCCUUCCAGCAUGAGCGGGGCAACUGGGCUACAUACGUGUUCAUUCCUUAUGAGCCUGAGGAGGCCUUUCUGGAGGUACUCAAUGAAAUGAUGGUGGUCGCGGCAGCUCACGACAUCCCACUGAAAGUAUCUGAAGAGUUUCACCUCAGUCUAUCAAAGACAGUUGUUCUGCGGCAUCACUGGAUUCAACCGUUCAUCCAGUCCAUUCGGACUGGUCUGACACAUUUCCAGAAGUUUUUCUGCUUGGCGGAUAAACUGAUGGUGUAUUCUAAUGCUGAAAAGACUAGGACCUUCCUUGGUAUGGUCUUCACUGGAAACGCUCAGUUGCUUGAGCUCAUAAAAAUAUUGGAUCAAACCAUGAAAGAAUUCAGCCUAAGCACCUUUUAUAAGGAUCCUUCUUUCCACAUAAGCCUUGCUUGGUGUGUGGGUGACCACACGGAAAGACUGAAAAAGGCAUGUUUAUCGGAAUUGCAGAGUCUCAUUGACACUCAUGAAGAUGGACCGUUUCACAUACGCCUCAACUGCACAGAGCUUCGCUGCAAAACGGGAAAUAAAGUCUUUCUUUUCUCCCUCCAAUGAUCUUGAAAAUUAGGAAGCUUAUUUCUGCCACAGAAAUUUUUUCUUUGUUUAUAUCUCAAUUCAGAUGAGAUAUAAACUCAGAAUUCUCAGAAAAAGUCAUACUUGUGAGAAAAAGUCGCAAUAUGCUUUUUAAAAAUAUUUUUAUUCUGUGACAGAAAGGAGCCUCCAUAUGAAACACUGUUUAGUAGUUAUGUAGAUUCUGAGGUUUGCAAAAUACAAUGAAGGAUUUGCACUAAA